AUGGGUGCCUACAAGUACGUCGAAGAACUUCACAAGAAGAAGCAAUCCGAUGUCCUGCGAUUCCUCCUACGAGUUCGCUGCUGGGAGCUCCGACAACUGAACGUUAUUCACCGCGCCAGCCGACCCUCUCGACCAGACAAGGCACGAAGACUGGGCUACAAAGCCAAGCAGGGCUAUGUGAUCUACAGAGUCCGUGUCCGACGAGGUGGCCGAAAGCGACCUGCUCCAAAGGGUGCCACAUACGGCAAACCAACCAACCAGGGUAUCAACCAGCUGAAGUACCAAAGAUCUCUACGAUCUACUGCCGAAGAACGAGUCGGUCGACGAUGCGCCAACUUGCGAGUCCUCAACUCAUACUGGAUCAACCAAGACUCAACGUACAAGUACUUCGAGGUUAUCCUUGUUGAUCCUCAACACAAGGCGAUCCGACGAGACCCGAGAAUCAACUGGAUCGUCAACCCUGUUCACAAGCACCGAGAAUCCCGUGGUCUUACCGCUACUGGCAAGAAGUCGAGAGGUCUUGGAAAGGGUCACGGUUACAAUCACACCACGGCUGGACGAAGAAAGACUUGGAAGAGACACAACACUCUCAGCCUGUGGAGAUACCGGUGA